AUGUGGUUCCGCCCUGCUGACUUCCUAUGGGCGCUCUGCGUGAUCCCCUUCCUCAGCCUAGCGCUCCUACCUUCUGCCCACGCUCAAAACUGCGGCGCAAAGUACAGGAACGCCCUCUGCCCCGAUCGCCUUUGCUGCUCCCAGUAUGGCUCGUGCGGCACGACCGCCGAGUAUUGCCUCACGUCGCAAGGCUGCCAGUCGCAAUGCAUCAAUGACGGACCCCCACCCCCUCCCCGCGGCCCGGACCCACCACCGAUCGACGAAGGAGCCCUUUACCGCCCACCGGCGUCGACUUUUGCCAAGCGCGACCUGGUCGGAUACUGGUCUUCCUGGUCACAGUAUUACGGCGAGGACCCGGGCACGCCCGGCUGCAAAAAGGCCGACAUGCACCUUCCCGAGCUCAUUAACCCUCACUUGUACACGCACAUCAACUAUGCCUUUGUUUUCAUCAGCGAUACAAACUAUACCAUGAUCCCGCACGAGCUCGACGACGAGGACCUCAGCCUGCGGCUCAACACGUGGUGCAAGCGCGUCAACCCAUCGCUCAAGACGCUCGUCAGCAUCGGCGGGUGGACGUUCAACGAUGGCCCCGGUCGCUUCACGGGCGGCAUUGACUACAGCCGCGUCUUUUCCAAGAUGGCCGCGAGCGCCGCUAACCGCGCCACGUUCAUCCGCAGCUGCAUCGACUGGUGUCGACGCUUGGGCUUCGAUGGCAUCGACAUCGACUGGGAGUACCCCGGCGACGUGGCGCGCGGCGGCACGCUGCAGGACGGUGCUAACCUCCUCACCCUGUACCGGGAAAUGCGGGAGGCCUUCCAUGCCGAAGCUAUUCAGACGGGGAGGACCGAGCUCCUCAUGACCAUGGCGGCACCCGCUGAUCCGGACAAGGUCGAGCUCUUCGACCCUGCGGCAUGCGCCCAGUACCUGGACUGGUUCAACCUCAUGUCGUACGACUUUUACGGUAACUGGGAAAACAUCGUCGACUCGACGGCCCCGGUCAAGGACACGCACCUACCCACCUGGAGCUACGAAAGCGCGAUCAAGCUCUACCUGCGCAAGGGCGUCUCGCCCCGACAGAUCAACGCCGGUUUGCCCGCCUACGGCCGCGUCUGGACGCUCGACGACGUGACCAAGAAUCUCCCAGGCGACACUGGCCACACUGGCGUGGCGGGACGCUGCACCGGCCUGACGGGCUAUCUGGCCUACUUUGAGAUCAUGGACAUCCUCAACGCGCAAAACCAGCUCGGGACCGCGGCGCUCAACUACCACUACGUCCUCAAUGACGGCGCCUACCUCACCUUUGACGACCAGUGGGUGGGCUUCGACAACGAGAAUUCGGUCGCCGAAAAGGUUGGCAUCAUCCAGAAGUAUGACCUGCGCGGGGGGAUGAUCUGGGCCAUCGACCUCGACACGAAGAGCUACGAGUUCACCCGGGCCGUCGCCGAGCACCUAAAUGCGUGCCAGCAAGACGACCCGUGGCUGCCCACACCGCCGGGACAGCUGGCUAGCGCUCCUUGCACUGUGACCGGGCCCGGCGCCGAAUCCGGAGCGGUGCAGACCCGAAGGUGCAGAGAGGACUCGACUUGGGAUGUCGUCGACAACGGUCAGUGCCUAGGCGCCUUCAAGAACAACCUGGCGGCCCGGACGUGCGUGGGCGAUUAUUAG